AUGGGAGUGUCCGACUUGGUAGUUGAUGAAUGUCGUUUGGAAAUGCUUAUCCCAAGUAUGAAUAUUUCAAGUCUUAUGGUUCAUGCCGAACAAAUUGAAGAGCAAAAGCUUAAGCGAAUGAAUAAGGAGGUGAAAAGAGCUAGAACCGGUGAUGGGAAUUCCUCAAAUGCUAGGUCUGAAGAACAAGGUCAACAAAGGUUCAAAAGGAGGUCAUCUAACCAAGACUCCCCAAUGGUCAACAAGGAUGGGGUGUAUAACCCUAAUUCUCAAGGAGGAAAUGGAGGUGGUUCUUCCUUUGAAAGAUCUACAUGUGCCAAGUGUGGGAAGCAACAUUUAGGUAAGUGCCUAGCCGGCACGGAUGGGUGUUUUGGGUGUGGAAAGAAAGGUCAUAAGAUGAGAGAAUGCCCAACACUCUCAGCAAAAGGAAGAGAGGCCAAACAAGCUUCUUAUGAUGGUACAGUUCCUAUUCCUCCAAAUUAUGGUCGUUUCUAUGCACUCCGGUCUAGAGAGGACAAAGGAGCCCUUCCGGAUGAAAGCACCGGUAUGUUGAUAAUUCCUUAUAGAUGUAAAUGUUUUAUUAAGGUCCCUAUGCUAUUUGGUAGAUUUUCAUGUUCACCUUAG